AUGCUUCUUAAAAAACGUGGUUUCUCUGUAUUAAUCUUAUCUUUAUUCGCUAUAAUCACUACAGCUCUGCUUCGACAACGAAAUAUUUGGAAUUUCGUCGAUGCAUCAAUUGUCUAUUCUGUGACAAAACGAGUGAAUCUAUUACUUCUAAAUCACGCUGACGUACGAAUCCAUCAACCAAUAUCGUCAACGAUCACACGCGGUGUGUUGAUUUUCUAUCCUCACAAUAACGAAAUAAUUUUUCGACCCGAACUACUAUGGCUUUAUCACUCGUGGGUGGAAAUGAUGAAUUACGAACCGACGCCGUGGCGAACGGAUUUAAUUAUUUACACAGAAGUUUAUACAGUCACGCUCAAGGAACUUGGAUGUGUGUUGAAUCGCGUCCGAACGGAUAAAAAUGAAACACCACAGUGCCGAGUAUUUCUUUAUCAACGAAUAAGCUCAAGACGAGUUCAAGAUCUCUACAAAAAAGUUAACAGUCCACCAUACCAACAAAUAAAUGUCCGACGCUCAAUACUACUAAGUCACAAUCUUGCCACAUAUUGGUACAUCGACUCCAUUAAUUCUAUUGAUGAGUGUUAUCCAACAUACUCUAUGUAUGAUUAUAUCUUGCGUACGGAUUCGGACACUUUUCUUACGAAAAAUUUCGGUAAUUUUACUCCAUACAACGAUACGAUGCUGAUUGGUCAAGGUGGCUAUUCGACAACAUUCACUGAGAAUCGAUUGAGGCGCAUCGCACAAAAUAUGAAUUGGCUUUAUGCAAACGUGAGCAAUCUUGGGUCAACUUGGUAUGGUCCGCCACAUAUAGCUCAAAAGAUUGCCAAUCGUAGCAUGGAUGCUAUAUUAUAUCUUGCGAUAAAUGAGUUCACUCCAGCAGAACGGCAAGGCAAAGUGGGCGUCGCACUCUGGCCCGAUUGGCAUUACGGUGUUCUUCUUCUGUAUGGCUGCGACUUGGCCAUAAACCAUUUAGUCGCGAGCGAAAGUAUCAGUAUUAGAUUAGCGCAAAGUUUGUUAGAUCAAAGUACAACAAAUAGAGAUCGAAAUGAUAUAGCGAAAAAUAACCGCUUGCAUUUACACUGUUGGCACACAAAUGAUAUAUUUUCGAAAUUUCAAUUCAAAGCAGGGAACUACAAUCAUAUUCAAUCGCAUACAUUGAUAAAUGAUACAUCGCCAGCUGGUUUUGCAUUGCGAAUAGCAUUAGAAUCACGUUUAAUGUCAUUGACGAAACUGAAACAAACACUUCAACGAGCGAAAAAUUCGUCUAAUGUCUAA